CUUGCAGGUGGCGGCCAAAUGCUACGACCUCGCCGCUAUCACAACGGCCUAGCCACAAACAAACGGUUUCCUGUUGCACGCUCUCUGGCGAAGGCAAGAUAUUGCGAUGACGCUUUUCCAGGGACAUUCGUUCACGAACAAGGAGAGUGCUGUGUGUCUGUAGCAAACAAAACGUGGGUUUCCAGUGAACAUGAAAAGCGAUUAUGCACCCAAGAUCGCCUGUGAGGCCUGAUUGGAAACUGAGAGCUGCUGGCCGUCGAUGCAUGGGGGACAAGGAGUGACGACUGGGUGAAGUGAAUUAAGCAUGGAGCCGAGAACGCAACGGCCAUUCUGAUUUCCGGCUCGACGGCAACAUUCUGUCGGCUGCUUCCCCUCCAAAAGCGGACAAGUUCCGUCAACCAUGGCCGUUCCUUCGGUGUCGCCCUCGAAAUCCGGCUUGCAACCGUCUCCUGCAUUCAUUGACAGCUGCUGGACGGUUCCCAUAAUCACGGGGUUCACAUGUCUCCUCAUUUCCAUUCCUCAAACCAACAGUGGUCUGCUCUUCGUACUGUUCAUGGACACGUUCGGCGUAGACCGGGAAUCAGCCGCAUGGCCCAAAACCAUUCAUACAGCAACGACCAGUGUGAUGGGUGCAUCGUACGGCGCACUAGUCAUAGGGACGGCGGUGUACGUCGUUUCUUACUUCUACGAGUACAGAGGCUUUGCCAUGGGCAUCAAGUUCCUAGGUGUUUCAUUGUCGGGAAUCAUCGGUCCUUCACUCCUGUCGCACCUGGCGUCAGAACACGGUCUGAAAGGCUGCUUUCUUAUUACGGGAGGCUUGACACUGCAUCUCAUUCCUCUCGCCUUUAUGCUGCGCUACGCGAAACCCGUGAGGUGGCAAUUUUGCAAACGCCACGACGCGUCAGACAAGGCAUUGAAGGGGGCAACCACAACCUUGUACGGGACGACAACUGACGUUCAAGAAUUCAGUGGAAAUAGUUACACUUUAAAAAAUCUAGUGUUUCCAUGUGAUACAGUGUUGCCAACUUGUGAUGGGCCAGUGGGACAAAAUUCACUCUCUGCCGGUCCCAGCAUUACCAUUGACACUGUGAAAAAUACCCCAGUGUGCUCUGCGAAUUCGAUGGAAUCGCCUACUGCACCGCUGGACUUUCUCGCUCAAGCCAUGAAGGUUCUUCGAUCGCCAUGUUUCUAUGUUCUAUUGGUGGCCAUGGUGGCAGCAGACUUUACUCUUCCGCUUUUCGGUUCCACUAUUGUAGACUAUGCGGUUGACAAAGGCAUUACGCUCAACGCCGCCGCUCAACUUGUGGUGUGUCAGUGCUUGGGAGGCUUCGUGGGACGCCUCGUGAUUCCCUUGAUUACUGACAAGCUGGCGCAUAGUCGCUGCCCCAUCACCGCCAUUAGUUUGGCACUGUUGUCGCUAUCUUUCUGGGUAUUUCCGCACGUCACAAGCUUCGCGGCAGUGGCGGUGGUUACCUUUGUGAUUGGUGCACAGCAGGGCUACUUGAACGCCUUCAAGUCUGUCCUCGUGGCGGACUACCUCGGUGUGCACAGCGUCGCUGUUUCCUGGGGACUCAUGGGUGUGGCGUUGCUUCCUCUGGUAUUCUGCGAACCUUAUAUCGUAGGUGCCUUCCGGGAUGCGAGGGGAUCGUACGACAAUCUCUACCGAAUGUGUGCCGCGGUGGACCUGUUCGCCACACUGAUGGUGGCUGCCCAAGCCUGCUUUGACGCCAGGAUGAGAAAGAAAAAUGUACAAAUGCUUUAAACGACCUAAGUUUAGAAACAUCCGCAGGAGUUUAAAUAGGUGUGUUUAGCUCAUGCAGUGGUCAUGGUAUUUCCCAGUUGCAUAGAUCCACUGAAAACGUAAAGAAGUGCACUCAGAAGUAUGGCUGAGUGAUAACCUUUUACCGCUCAAAAUAGAAGAAUGUCAAUACAAUUAACCUGCUUGAAAAUUUGUCUUCUGUCAACAUUAUUGUUGAAAUACUAUAGACAAACUAAACUGUCACGUGCACGCAUACUGAUUCAGUGGAAGGAUUCGCGGACGAAAUUAAAAAUUAUUUUGCAGUUG